AUGAUGUCACCAAGGGGGUGGGAUUGUAUGUGUAGCGUUUGUGGACUGACCUUCUCUGUGAGGCCUUCCCCUUCUGUCUCACCGACCUUGUUUUUUCGGACGGGGACGCAGCGUUCGCUGGAAACUAGUUGCCGACUUGAAUAUUUUGUAUAAUACUUUCUUUUAGCUGUUCCCAGAGACACCCUAUCAUGCCGGGUGCGGUAGAAAUACCAACCCUGGAGGAGCUGACUGUCGAGGAAGUGAAGGUGUCCUCGUCAGUGCUGAAAGCAGCCGCCCACCACUUUGGCUCACAGUGUGACAAGACCAACAAAGAGUUCAUGUUGUGUCGGUGGGAGGAGAAGGACCCCAGGAAGUGCCUGAACGAGGGACGGAAGGUGAACGAGUGCGCAAUGGAUUUCUUCAGGCAGAUUAAGGGGAACUGUGCAGAGUCCUUCACAGAGUACUGGACCUGCCUGGACUACGCCAACCUGGCCGAAUUGCGGCAGUGUCGCAAGCAGCAGCACGAGUUUGACAACUGUGUGCUGCAGAAACUGGGCUGGGAGCGGCCGGGCCUGGGGGACCUGUCCAAGGUGACUAAGGUGCAGACCUCCCGUCCUAUUCCUGAGAAUCCCUACCACUCCAGGCCCCGGCCGGAGCCCAACGCGGUGAUCGAGGGCAAGCUUCAGCCAGCCAAAUAUGGCAGCCGUCUGUACUUCUGGAACUGGUGAAGGCCCAACCACGCCCGGCCACGCCCGACCCCACCUCUCCUGCUGUCACGUUCUGCGCGCCUACCGUCGAGUAUUCAUGGGCCAGAGAGUACAUGACGCAGCUCCUGUUGUAUCAAACAUUUUCUGUGAUAUUAUUAUCGAAUAAAAUAUGAGUUUAAA